CAGUGCCCUAUGUCUCUUCUCUCCCUCCCCCAAAGGGCAGCCUGUCUUUACUGUGCACAGGGCCAGAGAGAGAGAGCUACUUCUAAGAAUCCCUCGAGGUUCCCAGGCUGAUGAUGACAGUGAAGCAGACCCGGGGACGGAUGGCAGAGGGGCAGGAGGAGAGAGAUGGACCCAAUCUACCCAAUCCCUUGGGCAAAGGGAGAGUGCAUGGCCCCGCUUCUGCUUCUACACGCUCAGAGAAAUGAGUCAUCCCCAGAAAUCUCUAUCAAGACACAGCGGAACCGAUGUUCCCGGAACCCGGGUCGGAUUGACGUGUUUCCAACCAGGGGGACGCUUUGCGGAAGGGACCGGGUUCCGGUAGAAGCGAACAUGGCGGUAGCAGCAGGAAGUCGAUGGGUGACGGCUGCUGUCGGCCGUUUGUUGUCCCGUGGCGGAGGGCGGACGCUGAGAGGUGGAGAUUGGAGUUGUGUUUGUCACAGGUCGACAUAUACUGCUCUUCCCAAUGACUACAAUUGUAAAGUAGACCUUGCGAUCACAUCAGAUGGGCGAACAAUAGUUUGUUACCACCCGUCAGUGGACAUCCCAUAUGAACACACCAAGCCUAUAAUAAGACCUUCCCCUGUGGAGAAUAAAGAGGAGACCCAUGACCAGGUACUGAAGGCCAGGUUGGAUAAGGCAGUGCUACGUAAUAAACAGGCUCCUACGAUUGAAGAGCUCAGUAAAAUGUUCUACACAACAAAGCACCGCUGGUAUCCAAUUGGGCAGUACCACAGGCGGAGAAUUAAACCUAAUCCCCCAAAAGACAGAUGAUACACUUUAAUCUCUGGAAUUGCCUCUGCUACUGCUGCAUUAUAUUGGACAAGAAAUGGUUUCAACACUGGCUGUCAGUGUUUAUGGUUCCAUAUUCGGACAAUUGGAAAAAGUUUCGCUAGCAAGACCGAGGUCCCUUACAAACCAAGGAAUGUAAAGAGCUGGUUUGGUAUAUGAUGUAUUAUUGUCAUCAGUUCUCUGUGUUAACAUAAUAAAAUGUUAAAAUUA